CGCCGGGCACUGGCCCUCGGGUGGCGCGGGGUGGCGCGGCGUGGCGCGGCCCCUGCAGCCUGCGCCGUCGGAGCGGCCCGGGGCGGGGAGGAGGCCGGGGCCGGGGAGAAGGGCCGGGCGGACCGGGGGCCCCUCCUGCGCCCGCCCGCCGGGCUCCGCCACGUCCCUCCCCCCGCUGCCCCCGCCCUCGCUCCCUAUUUGGAGCGGAGACACCCCGGCACCCUGACGUCGGAGCCCUCGGCUUCCCGCUCCCCCGCACCGCGCGCCCGCCCGGGGCGCAGACCGGCCGCCUCCCGGAGCUCCCGGAGCCGCUCGGACCCCGAGCCGCACACCGGCCGCCUCCCGGAGCCUCCCGGACCCCGAGCCGCCCGGGACGCAGCCCAGCCGCCUCCCCGGACCCCGAGCCGCAGACAGAGCCUCUCCGAGCCCCCGGGCGCAGACGGAGCCGCGCAGCCCAGCCGCCUCCUGGAGCCUCUCGGACCCCGAGCCGCACACCGGCCGCCUCCCGGAGCUUCUCGGACCCCGAGCCGCCCGGGACGCAGCCCAGCCGCCUCCCCGGACCCGGAGCCGCCUCCCGGCCGCCCCCCAGAGCCUCUCCAACCUCUCCGAGCCCAGGGCGCAGACGGAGCCGCGCAGCCGAGCCUUCCCCCGGAGCCUCCCGGGCGCAGACGCCGCCCCCAGCCUCUCCGAAGCCCCGAGCCUCCCGGCGCCCGGCCCGCAGCCCAGCGCGCCCUAGGGCUCACGGGGCCACGAUGAUGCUUCGACUUCUGCUGGGGGCUGCCCUCCCAGCCAUGCUGCUGGCUGCCCCGCCUCCCAUCAACAAGCUGGCACUGUUCCCAGACAAGAGCGCCUGGUGUGAGGCCAAGAACAUCACCCAGAUCGUGGGUCACAGCGGCUGCGAGGCCAAGUCCAUCCAGAACAGGGCCUGCCUGGGACAGUGCUUCAGUUACAGCGUCCCCAACACCUUCCCGCAGUCCACGGAGUCCCUGGUGCACUGUGACUCCUGCACUCCUGCCCAGUCCCUGUGGGAGAUCGUGACCUUGGAGUGUCCCGGCCAUGAGGAGGUGCCCAGAGUGGACAAACUGGUGGAGAAGAUUCUGCACUGCAGCUGCCAGGCCUGCGGCAAGGAGCCCAGUCCCGAGGGGCUGAGUGUCUACGUGCAGGGCGAGGACGGCCCAGCCUCCCAGGCCGGCCCCCACCCGCACCCGCACCCGCAUCCACACCCCCACCGUGGAGGGCAGGUCCCUGAGCCCGAGGACCCGCCUGGCACCCCUCACACGGAGGAAGAGGGGGCCGAGGACUGAGGCUCUGACUCUUCCUCCUCCCCUCCUGUUCCCCGCGGAAUGUGGGGUUCGCCCGCGGGGAAGGAGUGGGUGGGGACGGGCUGAAGCCCCCCCCCCACCACCCGGCACUGGACAGACUGGGAUUCAGACUUGGACUUGGAAAGCUUCCGGUUGCCUUGGAGACCUGAAGGGUGGGGGCUUGGAGCCAAGCUGCACAAUUUAAUAUAUUCCCCGGGGGAGGGGGGAGGAGGGAGGAGGGAGGGAGGAAGGGAGGGGAGGAGCCGAGGCUUUCGGGGUCUUUUCCAGAAAGGAGGGAGGCAGCUGUCUCUCCCUUUCUGCCUCUUUAGAGAUGUGCCCUUGGGAAGGGAGGAACGUGAACUGCUGGGGGGGGGGGGGGUGAGGCCAGUGGGCGGCGCUGGGCUCUGAGCUGAGGCCAGGCGCCUUGCCCGUCCAGCCCAGGAGCAGGCCCGAGUUUGGGCUGGGAUGACCCCAGGCAGAAGUCCUAGCCCCACAGACCCCCCCACCCCCCAGUGUCUUCCACCCGUUCCCUGUCCCCAGGGCAGUUUCUCCCUCGGUACCGAGUGGUUGGGAGUCAGGCCUGGGCAGGACCCUGCUGACUGACCCCUGGUCCUGGGUGGGGGCAGCCUCUCAAGUUUCCUGGGCCCCCGCUGUCUCCUCAGCCCCAGGCCCAUGUGGUCUGAGAGGACCGCACGUGGACAGAGCCAGCCGUUGCCACUGACGCAGGAGGCAGGGCUACCCUGUUGAACGCUUUCAUCUUUGGGGGCCGGGCAGUGGCGCACCUGGUUGAGUGCACAUGUUACAAUGCGCAAGGACCCGGGUUCAAGCCCCCGGUCCCCACCUGCAGUGGGUGGGGUGGUGGAGGAGGAGCCUUUAUGGACCAAGGGGAGGGAGUGCUGGGCUCUCUCCGCCCCCCACACCCUCCUGCUCCUUUCCUCUCCAGGAUCUUUGUGCCUUCCAAGUUCUGGGGCCCUCGGGAUGCUGACAGGGCCGCCUCACCCUUGGGGAGCUCUUUCCGAAUACCUGACAGUGAGGAGGGGAUCUCCCCUCACUCAGAGAUUUCAAGGAGGGAGCCAGAUUGCACGGACGCAGGCUCCCGUGGGCAGCGUGUCCCCCGUCCACAGUGGCAGACCCUCUCUGGCCGCCCAGUCCCGCCGCCUCCCCGCUCCCGGCCGCACUAAACGUGCUGUGGGGACGGGGGGCCAGUGAAGACCACCCCUCAACAGCUGGAGUUGCCGCCAGCCCUCUGCCUGGGCCCUCGGCCCUCGAGACAGUCACGACAAGAGCUUCCGGAGCUUGUAAAACAAACAGAUCGUCUCCUUGAUGGACCCUGAGUUUUCUCACAAAUAAACUCAUUCAAUGCCUGUG